AACCAAUACUCGUUCUUAAAAUUCUUUGAUUUUCCUCCGCUCAAUUCACGCCUCCUAACAGUCGCUUGUUCCCAUUCUCUUUUUUCUUUCUUCAUUUUACUCUCUCUUAAAGGAACUUCCCGAAGUAUAUGAUAUGCCCCUUCUCUUCCUUUAAAGAAACGUUCUUUUUUAGCACCCAAGAAAAAAAAAAGUCUCUUCUUUCAUUGAUCAACUUGUUUCUCUUACAGUUCCUUGUUUUAUGCUUCAUACUGUUGUUUCUCUUCAUCUUUCGAUCAGUCCCACUUCUGGGUAUUUCUCGUUUUGAGGUUUUAAUUGGUAGCCAUGAAUGCUCUUGCUGGAACUAGCCGCAAUUUCCGCCUGGCCUCUCGCCUACUUGGCUUGGACUCUAAGCUUGAAAAGUCUCUUCUGAUCCCAUUUAGAGAGAUCAAGGUGGAGUGCACAAUUCCCAAGGACGAUGGAACCUUGGUGUCCUACGUUGGAUUCAGAAUACAGCAUGAUAAUGCUCGUGGUCCCAUGAAAGGAGGAAUCAGAUAUCAUCCUGAGGUUGACCCUGAUGAAGUAAAUGCACUUGCUCAACUAAUGACCUGGAAGACUGCUGUAGCAGACAUUCCAUAUGGUGGUGCAAAAGGUGGAAUAGGAUGCUCUCCUAGGGACUUAAGUAAGAGUGAAUUGGAACGUCUAACUCGCGUCUUCACUCAAAAGAUCCAUGAUCUCAUUGGUAUACAUACAGAUGUUCCUGCCCCAGACAUGGGAACUAAUGCACAGACAAUGGCAUGGAUUUUGGAUGAGUAUUCUAAGUUUCAUGGACACUCCCCGGCUGUUGUUACAGGAAAGCCGAUAGAUCUAGGCGGAUCGCUAGGCAGGGAAGCUGCAACAGGUCGAGGUGUUGUAUAUGCAACUGAAGCUUUACUUGCUGAAUAUUGGAAGGCAGUUAAGGGUUUGACCUUCAUUAUCCAGGGUUUCGGUAAUGUUGGGUCUUGGGUAGCAAGGCUCAUACAUGAGAGGGGUGGUAAGGUUAUUGCGGUGAGUGACGUCACUGGUGCUGUUAAGAAUCAAAAUGGAAUUGAUAUACCUCAGCUGCUAAAGCAUAAAGAAACUACUGGAAGUUUGACAGGCUUCAGUGGCGGAGAUUCCCUGGAUCCAAGUGAACUGCUGGUACACGAAUGCGAUGUUCUUGUCCCAUGUGCUUUAGGUGGAGUGCUGAACAGGGAAAACGCUGCACAUGUGAAGGCAAAGUUCAUAAUAGAGGCUGCAAACCAUCCCACUGACCCGGAAGCAGAUGAGAUUCUAUCAAAGAAAGGAGUAAUAAUACUGCCAGACAUAUAUGCAAAUGCAGGAGGGGUGACUGUCAGCUACUUUGAGUGGGUUCAGAACAUUCAAGGUUUCAUGUGGGAUGAAGACAAAGUGAACAAGGAGCUGAAGAGGUACAUGACUCAAGCUUUCCACAACAUCAAAACCAUGUGCCAGACACACCAUUGCAAUCUCCGGAUGGGUGCCUUUACACUCGGUGUUAACCGUGUUGCUCGUGCAACUCUCCUCCGAGGCUGGGAAGCAUAACAAAUGGCUCUCUUUCCCUCUUAUGAUUUCUAAUCUCCAUCGGAAAAGCUUAAAGCAUUUGAGCUUUUGAAGCUCUUAGCUAGUAAUUGUUCUCCCAUUUUAUCCUUCACGAAAUUUUAUCAAACUUCAUUUCUAUUUAUGGGGGGUAUUGUUAACUUUCAAAUUGUACCAGCUUUGUGUUGGAACAAUGCAUUUUGAAUACCAUAAUAAACACAAAAACUGUGUAAUCAACAUUUAAAUAUUUUCCUUAAAGCCAACAAUAUAGAAGUUAUUCA